CCUCUGAAGCAUCCUCAGUUGCCAGCUUGACAACGGGAUGCUUGGCAAGAGAACAAGGCAGGGGUAACAAAGAGGUACACAACCGCAGACAUCGCUGGAAGAAGUUAACUACCUUUUAGUUUGGGAUCACUAACAGGAAAAGACCCUGAAGUUGCUUAAACUGUCAUGAUGGGCACAACUGGGCAACAGGCUGCAGUAGCACAGCUGUAUGGGAAACACGGAGACAAAACGCAUUAUCUACAAAUCAUGUAAAAAAUACUCUUUCAUUUUUGCAGAACGUACACAUUAACAGUAUUGAUCUAAGCCUGUACCCUAUAAACAUGUUACACCACACAUGUUCCUAUAGUAAAGCAGCUACGUAGUCUUAAGUCGUCUUUAACACCUGACCGAAAUCCCAGCACAAAUCCCAAAGCACUUAAAACAUGACCGGAAACAAGCGAUUAACUUGUUUUUAGCAAACAUUAAGUCAUCCUCAGAACGAGCCAUUAUUCAGUGGAGCGGAUGGGCCGUCAGUAUAAAUGUGAGGAUUUCAGCGCAACUCCCCACCUCGGCCUCGCAGAUCCCUGCUGCCCCGCCAACACGCAGCCUCGGCGCACAGCGUCAGCAGAAUGAGGGGCACGGCGCUGGCGCUGGCCUUGCUCACUCUCCUGGUUGCAGUACGCGAAGGAAGAGGUGAAGGAAACACCGUGAAGCUCUGCGGGAGAGACUUUGUCAGAGCCAUCGUCUUCACCUGCGGCGGCUCUCGGUGGAAAAGGCAUUUGACUGAUUAUCACUACCUGUUUGAGAGUGAAAAUCCCCUGCCUUUCUCACAAGAGAACAACGGUUAUGCCGACUCCUCCACGUACACAGACCAGAGGCUGGAGACUGACGGCGAAGAAAUCCACAACGUCAAGCCUGAGACAGAGCGAGACUUGCAAGGCACCAGGAAAAUGUCUCUGCUAAAAAAGCGCGAAGUAGCCAAGCUGCUUACCACAUCCUGCUGCAGCAUCGGCUGCAGUGAGAGAGAUAUCAGUUCCCUGUGCUAAAAUGCAGCAGGUGCUGACAAGGUUGAAUGUCACAGCUUUCAUGUAUUAAAAUAAUCAUGACAUAAA